ACGAAGAAAUUUUUUUUUCUCUUUGCACCUUCAAUUCGCCAUCUGCAACUAAUGCUGUGAAAGCUGCGAAAAGAUGUAAAGGAGACGUGGACUUUUUUCUGGUUAACACCUAGAGGCGUUGGCAGAAAUGUAAAAAAGAAAACAACAACCCGUAAUGGAUGUUUCAUAUAUCUGAACGUAACGGUCCCUGUACGCCACCGCGAUAAAAGUUUCUCUCAACUGGACUGUAAAGCAAGACUAAGGUGGUUACAAGAAUCUAUCUGUCACUCUCUCCAAACAGCAGAAAAAAAGGAGAAAUUUCUUGGUCAUAAAGCAAGCGAUCUGUUUGAAUGGUUGUAAUCGAUACAGCGCUUAUGGCGUUCCCCACUACGUCACACCCCCACCCGACACCAACACCAACACCAACACACACACGCACGUUCAUUAUGAGCAGAAAGCUCUCUACCAGAAGCUGCAUCUCCUCCAGACCUGCGGCCAGUGUGAACGCGAGCAGUCGUAACUACCUCCCGCCAGCCAGUGACGUAACGCACCAGCGGUUAGGUGCACAGUUUGACGUGACGUCACCAGGCUUCCACGCCUAAGGAGAGACCGUUGCCUUUACAGGUCGUCACUUCUCGUCACUUUAUUAAGGAAAGGGGUUGGAGGGAAGUUACCCCCCACCGAACAUCGCUCAAACCCCGCGAAAAAAAAUUGAAGAAAUAUUUGCUUUGUGGAGGCUUUCUGCUUGCGGACAGUAACGAUUGUGGUUGGACGGGAGACUAUUUCAAUCGACCUUGCUUCCAGCGUGCAAAUAAUGAUCUGUCGACGUGUCUGUAAGCCAGUCGCUACUCUAUGAAAAUGGAGGAAGAAAAAAGUGUUUGCUGACUCCCACCAGGACCGGACAGCUGUCAGGCCGAGUGCCCCCCAGUGUGGGGAAACCACGGAGACAGAUCCAAGUGCCGCAGGCCCACACCAGUGAGCGUGGCGGCCAUGAUGGAGAGCACAUCAGAUUCACAAGUUUCUUCUUCGGGGCUCCUGGUACCUCCGCCACAGGCCAACGAUGUCGCCAACAGUCUGGCUACCAUCAACAACAAUAGCAACAGCAAUCCUCCAACACUUCGCUUGGUCGAGGACCCGCCACGCUCCCUCUGGCCGCCAGCCAGCAUCGACGGGACCGCCAACCCCUCCUCGUCCAACUGUCUGAGUCUCGGUCAGCCGGGCUUCCUGUCGCCCGCCGCAGGCUGCAACUCGCAUCCCGGCACCAUCAUCUGCAGCAACGGCGACGGUUGCCCCAGUGUUGUUUUAAAUGAUGUUUCCGGUCAAGGCCAGCUGGUCGAAGUUCCUGUUCGAGAGCAGGGCUCCUUUGCUUGGCUGACGACCGACGUGUCACGUUCGGAGGACGUAGUCGGACAGGAGAAACGUCACAGUCGGCAUUCCCAUGCCAGUCAGGGAUCUACGUCAAGCGAGUCAUCUGCUGGCAAACGGGCGCGGCGGCUAGCCAAAAAGGUGACCUCAAUGACCCCAGGCACCCACUGGCGGCGACUACGUAACACGCUGAAAGCUGCCCAAGAGAUGCAAGGGACCAAGAAGAAGCAAGUCUUGUCGAGAGAAGACUCGUUCCUGAGGAAAUUCUCCACCCGCAACCAGCGUCUACACAGCCAGGUGCUGCAACUCAACGACGACACAGACGCAGCGGGGCAUGGUGGCGCUUUUCAUCGAAGCAGCUCCUCACCACGAGCGUUCAAGCCUCCGAGGUAUUUUGCCGUGCAACACGACGGCAACUUCAUGUUCAACUGGCUGGGCGUGGUGACGCUGGCGGUGCUGUACAACCUGUGGACCUGCAUCCUGCGACAGGCCUUCCGCGAAGUGCAGCAGUCGUGCAGCGCCUGCUGGAUCACCAUCGACGUGGUGUGCGACCUGGUCUACCUGCUGGACAUUCUGGUGCAGUUCCGCACGGGCUAUCUCAACCAGGGACUAAUGGUGUAUGACUCCAAGAAACUUGCCCUCCGGUACGUUCGCUCCAAGCUGCUGUACGUGGAUGCGCUGUGCCUCUGUCCUCUGGAUUUUAUCCAGCUCUACAUCGGUCUGCAUCCCAUGGUCAGGUUCCCGCGCUUCCUCAAGGUCUACCGGACCUUCCGCUUCCUUCACAUGCUGGAAUCGAGGACCGCGUACCCCAAUCUCAUCCGGGUGGCCAACCUCACCCACAUCUUGUUCCUGGGGGCCCACUGGUUUGCGGCUUUCUAUUACAUGAUCAGUGAAGCGGAGGACUUCAAGGGCAAGUGGUCGUACCCGCGGCCUGAAGGGGAAUAUGCUUUUGUGUCCAGGAAAUACCUAGCAUCUCUCUUCUGGUCAACUUUGACCUUAACAACUAUUGGAGACCUGCCGCCGCCAGAAAACGGAAAAGACUGGGGAAUGUCGAAUGCAGCAUACGUGUUCGUGAUCGUCAGCUACCUCCUCGGUGUCUUCGUCUUCGCCACCAUCGUCGGCCAAGUGGGUAAUGUCAUUAACAACAGGAACGCCAGUCGUCAGGAGUUCGAACGUUUGCUGGAUGGCGCCAAGGUGUACAUGCAGACGCACAACGUUCCAGGCGACCUUCAGAAACGUGUUCAGCGUUGGUAUGACUACGUGUGGUCCAGAGGUCGACUGAACGGAUGUGACAUCAAUUCCCUGGGCCUGCUUCCUGACAAGCUGAAGACAGAGCUGGCCAUCCACGUCAACUUGGAAACACUGAAAAAGGUGACUAUUUUCCAAGAAUGCCAGCCAGAGUUUUUGCACGAUCUGGUUCUGAAGAUGAAGGCUUACAUCUUUACACCAGGAGAUCUCAUUUGUCGAAGGGGAGAGGUUGCGAGGGAAAUGUUUAUCAUCGCUGAUGGUGUCGUGGAGAUCAUCAGCGAAAGCGGCACCAUAUUAAAACAAAUGGGAGCUGGCGACUUCUUUGGAGAAAUAGGAAUCCUCAACUUAGAUGGUGGAAUAAACAGACGUUCAGCUGACGUCAGGUCCGUAGGCUACGCUGAGUUGUUCGUUCUCUCUCGCGAUGACGUCCUGGGUGCACUCAAAGAUCAUCCUGAUGCUGAGUCCAUCAUUCGCGACUACGGCCAACGGCGGCUCCGCGAAAUCGAGGCUCAUCGCCAGAAAGUGAAGCCCCUCAAACAAAUGGGGACCCUGGCCCAGCUGCCCACAGUCCACAGCCGACCCCGCAUCAACAUGCGUAACACAUCACGCUGCACGUCGCCUACCCAGCCACCCGGAUCUAGCCCUGCUGCCAACGCGUGCUCGGGUGGAAAGGCGCCGGACGUCUUCACCCAAACACGCACCGGGCCUGGCGGGAAGACGUAUACGUAUUGUUACACCGGUGACGACCUGGACAGUCGCCUCAGCACAUCCCUUGCGAACGACGGCUUCUUCCGUUCCUUCUUUUCCUCCGUGCGGCAGAUAUUCCACAGGAAAGUCCGUCGACAGAAGCAAGAGGACGACCUCGAGACUGGCUCCGAUUGGAACUGUGCCUGGACUACGUGCUGGGAGGACGACGAGGCUGGAGGGCACGGAGUGGCGCGCUUGUGCUGUGUCACAGGAAGGGACGUUACCGACGACGGCGACUGCGCGUGUCGCUCCACAGAUUCCGGGGAGCAGCGCGCGCCGCCACGAGCUACUCACGUGCUGCAGCGUUUGCCGACUGGCUAUGCCCCAGUGCUGUCUGAAGAAGAGGACGAGUCUAAUCAGCUUGCACCUCCACAAUCACCCGGACACAAGUCCGUCGCUAUGGACGAUCCGAUCGACAGUGCCACCUACAAGCAGUGUCUCGCCGCCGACGCGGCUAGACCACCAGACCUGUCGAAAGUCGCCGAAUCCGUUGUGGAUAAUCAAACGGUGGUGGAAAUGAACUACGUGGUUAAAAGUGCCGAGAGUGUUCCAGAAACAAACCCUUCCCAGACCUUGUUUCCUGUGUCCAGUCGCUCUGACUCGAACAUCCACGAUGGAACUUGCUGCGAGGGCGACAAAAGUGUUUUACCGGAUCGCAGCCGUCUUGACCACUCGCGUGGAGACUCCAGUCCUCCCAAGUCACUUAAGGUCAAACUCGACAACGAACUCAAGGAGACGAACCCCACUCUAGGAAAAUGUACUGCUGCUGUUGCUGCGUCGUCGUCGCCCGAUGAAUGUUCUGCUGUGCGGAUGUUCCAGAAUCUUACGUCUUCCUUCUCCAGUGCAAUGCAUUCCGAACAAGAACAAGAGACCCCACAGAAAAUGUUGCAGUGCGGGAAUCCAUCUACCACUCCGUCAGACGGUCCCACCAUUCGGGUGGAUAGUGCUUCCACAAUACAAUCUGCCGAUUCUGGUGAUCUGGGUGGCCAGUGCACAACUAUCGGGGAUUCGUGCUGCGACGUAAGUGAAGCUUUGAUGGCUUACCGUAGCAACGACUGCAGAUUUGAUGAAGGGAUCAUGAGUGACUUUUUACAUCCCGAUUACCCUGGCGUGCCUGCCUCAUCGCCAUACAAGUCCGUGCGGGAGAGAAACGGAAAGGAAGUCAAGCCGUGUCGAUGUCGCUCCCACUCGGCCCCGGAUAUCUUUAUGCAAGAACGUGCAAAAACUUCGGCUCAAUCGAGGCUGGCAGGGGUCGCAUCGUGUCUUCCGUCUGCUGUCGAUGCUGGUUUUCUUGUUGCGCCUCCCUCUGCACGUCGCAUCGACUGGGUUCAAAGAUCUUCUGCGCGGUUAGUCCCCUGGAGUAAGCCUGCCAGCCCUGCUAUGACGCAUGCACCGCCAACUCCAACUCCUCCUGACGUCAGCAUCGACCGCGAUAAUGUUGCUGCGUUACUGGUGCAGCUACAGACCUCGCACGAUCAGCUGCACAUGAGGAUGAAGGAUCUUGAGGAAACUUGUCUGACCAAUAUUAACUUGCUGGAGAGGCUUGGCGAGGCACAGGCGCGCAUGCUGGCUCUACUGACAGACAGGCAGCAUCGAGGGCAACAGAAACCAAAGAUCAGUUGUGGAAGCAGAUCCAGCCAAUCAACAGCCUUCGAGGACGAAGGGGGCAUAUCAGCACAAUGAUCUAGUUUCUUGGGCAAGGACUCCGGUGACUCGAUUUGAUUAUAACGAAUUCUGAAACACACAGAGCUUUUUUGAACUGGCAAAAAAAUGAAAGAAUAUUAAGUGAAAGCAAAUAUUAAGCAAUGAGACUGCAAGAUAAUCUCAGUGAUAAUCUUCAGCCUUGACAAGCGGCACGAGCUAUAGUGAUAGUAGCUCUUUCACUGUUGAAUAAAAGUGCUGAAACUCGCUACACUGUACAUACAAGUCAGAGGAUGAGCGGAUUCCAGAUACAAAAUAUUUCAUGUAUAAAAAUUCCAGAAAUAUCUUGUUACUAAUUAAUUCUGAUAGGAUUUUUGUUAGUUUGCUGUUGUUCUUUGUUGGCUUUAUUUUCUUUAAAGUUAAAUCAAACUUUUUCCUAUUUGAUCAGCAUGAAGGAGGCAUUAAGAAAAUAAUGUAGAUAUAGCCAAUUGUAAAUAUGUAAAAAUACUUGACUUUUCACUAUCCGUUAAGGGUUUGUUAUUUUUUGCAAAAUGAGAAGACUCUUGGAUGAUUAGAAAAAAUUAAAGCUGUAGUACCUGAUCAGUAUCUUGAAGAGGUAAAUCUUGUAUGCUUUUACACCUUUUCCUGUUAUGAACCAACAAAAGCCACCAACCAAUGAACUACGUGCAUAAACACUUUCUCUUCAUGAUCAAACAUUUGUCACUGCUUAUUUUGGCAGGCCUCCAGUACAUUGCUGUCCUUAAGAUUACCACCAAAAUGCAUGCUUAUUGCAAUCAACUCCAACUGGCCUUUGAGGGUGAAAACAGAAGGAAAUAAAACACACGUACCGCUUUAUAGAUAUAUUGCUGGAUCCUGAACCCCACCCCCCCAAAAAAAAUAUGUUUUAAAAAAUGAUAUUUUACAAGUUAACAAUUUAAUAUCAAACAUAUAGCUGCAGACAGUUGUUUUAUAAUGAGCAUCCAAAUAAACUCCAUGGAAAAUUAUUCCAUAUUAGAUUAAUAAAUAACAACACUAAGUCUGUGCAAAUUCUGUUUUGACGGUAAAGAUUCAGCAAAAUGCUGUCUACUGAUUUCCUUUUGUAUGCCAGAUCAAGUAGCUUGACAUCUUUAAAGUACGGAUCGGGUAUAAUGUGAGUGAUGUAAUAGGUCUAGAUGGGUGCAAUAUGUUUUCCACUGAGUAAAGCUCACUUCUCAAAUCCAGAUCUUGCUGUGGUACAGCCUUUGAUGCUUACACUGCAUUUAACACCAACCAACCCACCAAUCUACCCACCCAACCCCCACAAAUCUGAGCAACUAAAAUCUCUUCAAGCAUCAGCAUGCACAGAAAGAGGUCAAAGUUAUGCCAGCAUGAUUGUCCACAAAUACACCUAAUCACCAUGUGGUCCUAGCUAUCACACUGGCUGUUUUCCUGACAAUUUUAUCCAAUCCUGGUGUUUAAAAAAAUGCACCCCAAUGCUCCUCUAAAGAACAACCUCCUACUCCCCUUAGGAUGUGAUGUAAAGUUUAAAAGGUAAGCAUCUGGCUUUUCACCAACCAUCAAGUGCCUGACCAAUGUAUACACAAGUAGAUGCUUGUUGAUAUGGUAAGCCAAGAUUCUUUAAACAUUGUGUAACUGUUUUAUAAACCAUGAGUGAAAUGCAUAAUACAAUGACUUGUUGUUCCCAAAUACCCUAGCAGAUAUAGAGAUAUAAGGUCAGUUUGCCUGUGAGCACAAAUAGCAAUGUAAGUUCAACCAGUGUGCCAAUCUCCACAGGCCAUAGAGUCAUGAGGACAUAAUGGUUCAUCAGAGUUAUUUGUGUCUUAGACCUAAGAGGUUUGAUGAUAAUCAAGAGCUCCCCCAUCAUGUGCAUGACCCACAUACGGCUGUAGGUAUUGAGUGGGGAUCAAUCAAAUUUGGAGGAUGAAUAUACCUCUGGUUCUUAACUACACAUUCAGAAAUAGUAUACAUGUACUAAUUUUCACAAGAAUAUAGAAUUACAAGAAACAAGGAUGCUGUGGCUAAUGGAAGACUAGUGUAUAAGGUUCUUUUUAUUUCCAUGUUCAAGCGAAAGUUCUCUAGUGGUAGUUUUCCAAACACAAUAAAGGUGUAUUGCUUACGCUUAUCUUGUGAGUAUCCUAAACUACUCUUUUAAUAAUGGAGAGCCGCCAUUCAUUUUCUCAUGUUAGUUCAAAUAAACUGUUAGACUGGUUGUAAAAAUUGUCUUAACUUUCUUCUAGAUAAGGUCAACUGAUUUUACGUUGAAAUACGUGAACUUCUAAAUAAGGUUAGGAAAGAAGAAUUUCAUAUUUCUAGCAGUGAUCUAUACAAAUAAGACCAAGCUUUCUGUAGUAAUUUUUAAUAUCUUUAAAGCUUACAUCACAAAAGAAUAAAGGCCAAAAUUGCCCAUUAUCACAGAGAUGAAAUAAAUCUUGAAUAGUGUCUAAGCAGUCUCUAGACAUAUGGAUUUUCAGAAACAUGCAGAAAGGUUUGUACAACUGUUUGAAAAAAGCAGAUUGCUAUAGUUUCCAAUUAGGAUUGAUGUGCCACACUUAACAAUAGUUCAAUAACACUACAGUGCGAUUUUGAGAAACAUUUUCUUAAACUAUGUUUUUAUUUUUGAGGA